CAUCACUAUGGGCGGCUGUCUGGGUAUCUAUGGGCAAAUAGCGGUGCUUUGGAUGUUGUUUUUUAAAAUGUUUUAUGGAUAACAGCUUCCCAAAUACGCACAAGAGAACACUGUGACCACUCACUCCGUUAGGCUACAAUUCUUUGUUCGGGUCGCAGUGGUUUUACUCAGACAUUGUGGUGAGGAGAGAAACUUUUGUUGCGGUCAGUCAACUCCACUCCACUCAGUUGUUCUCAAUUCCGGGGCACUAUCUCCAUUUGUGAUACUGCUUUUGCCAGACAAUUCAGUUCCUGUUGUUGACAUUCGUCUCGGGCUACCGUCGGUGCGGACAAGGCGCCGCAGUGUUCUCAUCUCCUAUGGCUGAAGCCAGAAGAGAAGAGGAGGCGGAAGAGUUGAGGGAUAUACGGAACCGAAAUCAAGCAACAGAUCGAACAGAGAGAAAUAAGUCUGAGGCUCUUCAUUCCAGCCAAGGACCUCUGUCCUCAAUACGAGCUGCCAUCAAGCGAACGAGAACCAGCACCCAAAGUGAACAGACCAGAGACAGAAGACGUCAAGAGAUCACCAUCCUGUCAGCCGAGCCGCUCGCUGCCAACGGCUGGUUCCCAGGUGCUUCUGGGGGAUUUACGGCAGCCCCGCCUCCCUCACAACCCAUCUGGGGAGGGAGCAUCCAAUCAGAUACCCAGCCACCGCCAUCUUAUGACCAGGUGAUUAAGGAGAAGACCCAGGAGACCGUUGUCACGCCGACCGCCGCCCCCCGGAGAUCCACGGCCAUCGCCACGCAGACCGACCCUGUGGAGGACGACACCGCCGCUGGCCCAGAAUGCACUGCAUCCUCACAGCCAAUCGAGAAGAGACAAUCUACAGUGAAAAUAAAGCCAAAAAAGCCACCAAGGUCAUACUUACCCAAGCCUUUACACAGUGACUCUACCACUGCAACAGCUGUAUCUGAUUCUGGUCUUAUCCAAGUAGACGCCACAGCCACUAACACUAAGAACCAAACUGACCCCAAGUCAGCCGCAGCCCAACCCAGCCCAACAGAUUCCAGCUGUGCAAUCCCAAACACCCGGUCUGUCUCUCCAUCUGUUUCUGUACAAUGGGAUGGGCCAAUAAAACCUUCCGAACCCAGCACUAUCACUACGUUCUUAGAACCUACAGUCCCCUCCUCAACAGUCCCAGUAGCCACUGAACGUCCCAUCCCGCUUCCUCGUUCCAAAUCCUGCAAACAGAGAACCACAGAGGAGGUCAAAGUUCAGACUCUGGUCAGGCUCAGUGACAGUGGUUCCAGCUCUGUAGAUGACACAGCAGUCGAGGCUCCUCCCUCGGGGAAGUACCUACAGGAACUAUUAGAUGUGUUUUGUCCCGAGGACCAAUGCGACCAGAACACUAGUGACGCUAGUGACAAUCAGACGCCAACUGACGGGAGCGAACAAAGUGAGGAAGGUGACGAGGACGGUGACAUGGCCGCCCUUCACAGCCAACGUAACAUCCGGGCCCGGAUCCAGGCCUUUGAGAGCCAGGAGGGCGAUGGGGAACCAGAGUUUAAACAACCAGAGCCUCUACCCAGGAACGUGCACCUCAAACCCCCUGUGAUUUCAGCCAAACCAGCCCCAGCCCUUGCCCCCAAGCCCUCAAUCAAGAAGCCCAGUAAUGGCAAUAAUUACCAGGGGGCGAUCUCCAUUUUCUCCACUCCCUUUAUUCCUUCCAUCCCAACCCCAGCACCCAGACCAGUGCUCCACAGAAAACCCAGUAUAGUCCCAGAACCCAAGGAACCAGAACCAGAGGCUCCACCCCCCGCCAAGACAGCCAUCCUUUCUCGGUCGCGGCUCUCCAUAGCGGCCAGAGCCAAGAACCUCUUCCCCCAAGAGGAGGAUGAACCCAGGUUGGUACCUCCUAUCUCUCCAGAGAAGCCUCGCAAGGAGCCGCUGGGCCUCAACCUCAACAACCACAACUCAGCCUCCAUCACCACCACAGAGGCAGUGAAUGAAUACAUGGACAACCCCACGAGUGAACCCUGUGCGUAGUGUUGUGGGCGGCGGCGGCUCCUUCAGCAGACAGAGUGUAACCAGAAGACCCACCACCAUUAGAGUGCCCAGUAAAGGAAAACUGUUCGAUGGGACUUUGGACAACCCUCCUCCUCUCCCUGCACAGAAGCCUGUAGGGUCACUGCCGUCCCCCGUGACUCGUAAACAAAGCAUCUCAACCCGCUUCCCCUUCCAGGAGUCCUUUGAUUCUGAGCCCAUACCGGGCCUCCCUCCUCGGCCUGGUGGAGCUAAGGUCCUCCCUCCUCGCCCACCUCCAGCAAAAGUAGGCCCAGGAAGGCCACCCCCGCCCCGGAUAAAUGGUCCACGUCAAUCCCUCUCCACCCGUAGAGCACCAGCGUCAUCAGCAGCUCCAUCACCCAGGCAGCCCCAGGCUCAGAAGCCCAAGAAGAAGGGACCUGUGCUUCCCCCCAGGCCCAACCCUGGCCACCGUCUCUACAACCAAUACACGCUUGAACUUCCCCACGGGAUAGCAGAGUUUGACUACUGUGGGAGAGACACAGGGGAACUCUCAUUCCAGAAAAAUGAGUUGCUGCUGCUGAUSGAGCAGCUCGACCACAAGACCUUUGAAUGUCAAGUGGGAGACACCCGGGGCCGAGUCCAGAAGUCUCACAUGAAGGUCAUCACUCCUCUCUCCAGUGCCCCAACUAAAGCAGCUCUGUCACAGGGUGUCAUCACAGUUGGGUCUCGUAGAGGCAGCAGUGGUCUGCAGGUGCAGGUCCUCCAUGACUUCACCCCAGAGGGUCCAGGGGAGCUGGGUCUGAGGGAGGGGGAUGUGGUGACCAAUGUGGAGCAGGUGGACAGUGAGUGGUACCGCGGCUCCUGUAGAGGCUCCUCUGGCUUCUUCCCUGCCAACUACGUCAAAGUUAUGUCAAAUGCACCAACACCGACCAACGCAAAGAAGGCAAGGCCCCCCCCUGCAAUAGUCAGUGGACCGAGGUGUGUGGCGCGGUUCGACUUCGAGGGUGAGCAGAGUGACGAGCUAACCUUUUCUGAGGGAGACGUGAUUCAGCUAAAGGAGUACAUGGAAGAGGAGUGGGCGAGGGGACAGAUAGGGGCCCACACUGGAAUCUUCCCCAUCAACUUUGUGGAUAUCAUAGAAGAUCUUCCUCCUCUGCCACAACCACAACGACAGCAAUCAUUCCCCACCAAGAUGGCACUACCUGGCAUGGUUUCUUCAACCAAGACCCAAGAGGCUGCCAAACGCAUACAGUCUGGUUCGUCAGGAGUGGAGUGGGCCGUGGCUCUGUAUGACUUUGUAGGCCAGGCAGAAGAUGAACUGUCCUUCCAACAGGGAGACCGUAUCCUGGUCACACAGCAUGUAGAYGCCGAGUGGUGCUCUGGAAGGCUUAACGGUAGAGAAGGAUUCUUCCCCACAGCCUUCGUAGAGACCAGCUCAGGCAACUCUCCAGUGUUGGACAGACAGCAGAGUGUGACUAAUGGAGAAGGAAGCAGAGGGAAAGCACUGUUYGACUUCACAGCUGAAUGUGAUGAGGAGCUCUCACUGAAGGCGGGGGAUAUCAUCACCAACUUGGAGUCCAUUGACGAUGAGUGGUUCCUGGGAGAGUUGAGGGGGAAGCGAGCGUUGGUGCCUAAAAAUUAYAUGCAAGUGCUGGCAUGAGUAAUCUACCCUUAACAAAGACACUGGGGCACUACGGGAACUACUUUGUGUCUGUGGUUUCAUCACGAGUAAUGUCUUUUGAACUAUGGAAAUAUGAGAACCUGAAAGAUGAUAGGAAACUGAAUUUUCCAAAGUGCCUUUUUGCCCCACUGGACUGCAGUAGUUCUCUACUUUGAAGCGUAAACUAGAUUGUCYGGUCAAUCUCCCACAGAAAGCUAUUGGGUGUCUUUUUGAAUGCAACAUUGUUUUUUUUAAUAGUAUUUAUAAAUGUGAAAGGAUCACUUUAUUUGGAUAGUCCGUCUGUAUGAGGUCAUACUAUCUGCUGAUAAGCAACUGCUUGCGAAGGUUACAGUAAGGUCUGUUAGGAUAAGGGUUAAGGUUAGGGCUAGUUGAAAUGUUACUGAUAGUCCAUCUCUAGAUGCUCUACAGACUAUCCAAAUAAAGUGUUACCUGUGAAAGUAAUGAAAYAACUUUGUAUGACGAUGCAUCUGAGAAUGGCUGGCUGUAACUUUAUUGAACAGGCAUUCAUGAAUUUCCUGCCACAAAACCCUUACCAGCUUUGUUCUAAUCCAGAUAUGCAGUAUUUAACAUGUUGACCACACCAUUGCACAUUAAAUAUAGCCAUUGUCGUACAAUAUUUCCUCAAACUAUGAAUUGUGGUUCUUACACUACUGCAUGUAUGUAGCCCCCUAAAAUACUUUUCUGGUGGCUGGUUCAUGAAAUAAAGAUAUAUUUUAAAAAUGAA